AUGUCCAUGCAAACCACCCUGGCGAAAACGGAAUAUCUCCCUCUCAAGGAGGUUUCCAGACCCAUUCCGCCCGUUCUGGACGAGGAGAAAAUCUCCAAGAUGAUCGAGACGCUCAAGGCCCAUGAACACAAGUCCAGCGAGUCGGACGAGUCUGCCUUGCCUCCUCCAGAUGUGUUGGUGAUUCGACGAAACGGAAAGACCCACUAUUUCGCCUUUGGAGGCUGCCACCGAUUCCAGGCUUAUGACAGGUUAAACACGGACAAGAUUCUUUGUCGGUUGAUUCCGUGCACUGUUGACCAGCUCAAGUUGUAUCUUGGAUCCAGUGCUGAGACCUUGCUUGAGAGAAUCUAG